AAAUGAAAAACAAGAUAAUUUUCAAAAUCAACAAGUAUAUUUAAGGCAAUUUAAUAAAGGAGUGUCAACCUCUAAUUGCAUAUCACACUAGUAAGUUGAGUUUGCAGUCAACAUCUACACCUACUUCUCAAUAAAUCUUAGAACGUAAAUUAUAAAUCUAACUCAUGAUUUUGAUUAUUUCAUUUGACCAUACUUAGUAAAUUAUUGGUUGGUAUUGACUAGCACAACACAAGUUACCAUUCAACAACCUACACCACAAUUACCUAAACAAAUUGCAAUUUUAGUUCCCAACUUUUGACAUGUCCUUUGGUUGUUUCCUCAAACUAUGGAAUGCAGAGAGCGAAAUACACAAACUUUUGGAUACUGUAAAUUGUCAUUUUGUGAAGUAACAAAGCAGAACAUAGUUGUUUCUACCAUUUUUCUAAAGGAUCACUUCCUAUAACAAUCAACUACAUCUUGCUGUUAAUUGUCAUAUAGUUUAAACAUAGUCUCUUUAAAUAAGCUUCUCAUUCUGGCAUCAAAGUACUCAAAAGAACAGAGAGUAGAACCAAACUAUCAGCAUAGAAAAUGAAGAUUAAUUUUUUCACAAGAGCAACCUUUCCUUUUUUGGUCUUUCUCUUCCUGUCAAAUGGUUUGAACAUUGAAGCUGAAAAAUGCCAACCUAGUGGCAGAGUUAAAGGAGGAAAGAUGCCUUCAGGGCAUUGCAAUGAAGAGGAUGAUUUGUGCUGUGUGCCAGGAAAAACAUAUCCCACAUACACAUGUUCACCAACAGUGUCUAGUCACACCAAAGCAUAUCUCACUCUUAAUAGCUUUGAGAAGGGUGGAGAUGGCGACAGCCCUUCAAAAUGUGACAACCAAUAUCAUUCUGAUGACACAUCUGUGGUGGCACUUUCCACUGGAUGGUUCGACCACAAGAGCAUUUGCCUCCAUAACAUCACCAUUAGAGGCAAUGGCAGAAGUGUGGUGGCCAUGGUGGUUGAUGAAUGUGACUCAUCACAAGGAUGUGACAAACAUCAUGGCUAUCAACCUCCUUGUGCCAACAACAUUGUUGCUGCCUCAAUGGCUGUGUGGAAAGCCUUAGGCAUCCCCAUGAACCAAUGGGGAUGGAUGGAUAUUACAUGGUCUCAUGCUUAAAUCUUAUUGCACAAAUUGGUGAAAAAUUCAUUUUAGAAAUCAGUUUUAUAAAAUUGAACUAUGCGUAAAUUUAUCUUUUAAAAUUAUAUUGAUAAAUAAGUUUGUUUCUUUAUAUUAUG